UACUAAUUGAACGACAGCCAUUGCUCAUUCGGACGAAGAACAAAAUGAAGUCAAUACUCUUGGUUGCCCUACUGGUAACAUUGGCAUCUUCAACGCCUUCACUUAACGUGCAGUGGUUGUCGUUCAAGAAAGAACAUGGAAAAUCGUACAAAAGCCCAGCUGAAGAACAACGAAGGCACUCAAUAUUUAUGGAUAACUUGAAGAUGGUCGAAGAACACAACGCACAAUACAAAGCAGGCCUUGUGUCAUACUAUUUGAAAAUGAACCACUUGGGAGAUAUGUUACCGGAAGAAUUCAACUCUACUCAAUUAGGUGUCAAAAAGGUUGAAACGAGAAAAGAAGGAGAAAAAUCUGAGCUCUUUUUCGUGCCUUCUAACAGCGACGUAAUACCUGAUUCCAUAGAUUGGAGAGAACUGGGUGCCGUAACACCAGUAAAAAACCAAGAAUUGUGUGGAUCGUGCUGGGCAUUUAGCACCACAGGGGCGUUGGAAGGCCAAAUUUUCAGGAAAACAGGAAAACUUGUCUCUCUGAGUGAACAACAACUGAUGGAUUGCUCUGGAGACUACGAUAAUUACAGAUGCAAAGGUGGAUCAAUGGAUAGAGCUUUCCACUAUCUACAAGAUGUAGGAGGUCUGGAAAGUGAAGAUUCGUAUCCAUACGAAGCCAGGGAUGGAUAUUGCAAGUUCAAGCCGUGGAAAGCUGUGCCGGGCACUGGAAUCAAAUCGUACGCCAGCGUGGACUUCGGUGAUCUCGCUGCUUUGCGAUAUGCUGUAGCUAGAGUAGGACCGAUCUCCGUUGCUGUCAGCGCAGGCAACCGCAACUUUAGGUUUUACGGAGGAGGUGUCUUUGAUGGAAAUGGCUGCAAUACGAUGAUAUUGGACCAUGGAGUGCUGGUGGUAGGCUAUAGUUCAGAAAACGGAAAGGACUACUGGAUUAUCAAAAACUCAUGGGGCCCGACGUGGGGAGAGAACGGAUACAUGAGAUUAGAAAGAAACAACGAAAACCUUUGUGGUAUAGCAUCUGAGGCCAAUUAUCCUUUAUUGUGAAUUGGAUCAAAACAGUAUUAUUUUUUCUCAUUAAUUCGGCCUAUACAACGUUUUCGUUUUAAUUGAAAAAAAAAAUUAAUU